GCACUGCGCAAGCGCUCGGCGGGGGACGUUAGCGUCCUGAUGGAGACCGAAUUGUUACUUCGGAAAGUGUCGGCCUUGCAGGCCUGUGUCAGGGGCUUCUUGGUUCGACGCCAGUUCCAGAGCCUGCGAGCUGAGUAUGAGGCAAUUGUACAAGAAAUAGAAGGCGACUUGGGCACGCUUCAGUGGACUGCCGGCAGAAUUCCCAGGCCUCUGUUUCUCCCAGAGAAGGCAAAAUCUCAACUCUCCUGGAAAGCAGGAAAGAGGAUACCAAGUCCAGAGAAGAAACUAUGCAGCCACUUUCCAUAUAAAGAGUCUGUGAAAGAGGCCCUCUGGGAGGAGAUGGUGCUGAAGAAGUCAGGAGAGAGUUCAAUAAACCCAGGAAGACUUCCCUGCAGAGAUGACAACCUCUGGCUUCAGGUUGAGCAGAGCAGGAAAUCCAGCCAAGAGGAAACAAAUACAUCAAGGAUGAAGAACUCAGAAGCCACAGGUCCAGGACCAUCCCAUAGCCAGCAUGAGAUCCAAGAGCUCCAGUAUCACCGCAGCCAUUUGGCCAUGGAACUGCUGUGGAUACAACAGGCCAUCAACAGUCGCAAGGAGUACCUAAUUCUCAAACAAACACUGAGAUCCCCAGAAGCAGGCCAGACCACAGAUGAGCCCAGCAUGUGCACAGACCAUGGGGGACUGGCCUGUGAGAAAGCCUGGUCACAACCAAACCCACUGCUGAAGGACCAGUUCUGCAGAGAGAGGACUGCUGGAGAGCUGGACCAUGCAGAUGAUUCCUGCCAAAAAGGCAAAUCACAACUCCUUAAGUACCCAGAAAGUCUGGCCACUGUAGACAAAAUCACUGCUGGGGCUAAGGGCAGGGAAUUGUGCUAUAGGAGGGUUGGACCACAGCUGCCUACGCCAUCAGACAGCCAGGCUGGAAGGGACAGGUUCACCAAAGGACAAAACCAUGAAGGACAGAGCUUUAAAGGGGCCUGCCUACAGCAGACAAAAUUCCUAGAGGACCAGAUCCUGAGGGGCCUCAAACCUAGAAGCCCCAGUUCUGGGAAGGCCAGAAGACAGCUGCCCGCAUUUGAGGACCCAGAUAUUGAGAACAAGUCUCCCAGAGACCAAACCACAAAAAAAACUUGACUACCAAACAGCAGGCCACAAGCUAUGACCUCUCCAAGGACCACACACAUCAUUUGUUAUGGGACCAUGGCAGGACCAAAGCAUGGUGCCCUAUAUUUCAGGAGGAUUCAAAUGUCAAAGGGCCAGGGCCAUGGCAGAAGUUCCAUAGUUGGAACCUCCAAUAAGCCUAGUCAUGAAGGCUGGAAAAGCUAGAGGACUGUACUGUGGAGCUCAAGGACACCUGAGACCCUAUCUUCCACAAGAUUAGACCAGAAAGGAGAGGACCAGUGGAGGGACAGGCUAUGGAAGGCAGGACCACCGAGCUAGAUCCUGAGGAGCUAGAAGAGGAACAGUUUCCAAAGAGGUUUGCUAUGCCAAGGCUGUGGUGAAGAUAGGCCUUCAUCUGCCUCCCCUGCCCUCGUCCCCAGCCGUCAAUGGCUAGUGGGGCCAACGGAGAUUGGAGCAGAGACUAGAGGCAUAGUGCAGGGCAAAGGACACCUUUUCAUCCUCAGCUUUUGGCUCAAUCCAAAUUUCAGGUUAAGGAUUAGCUAUAUGGGGAAAGAUAAGUGGGAGGCCUGGAAGAGAAUAAAAAUUUUUCUUGGA